AUGUAUUCUAUUUCAAACAAAAAACCUUCUAUACUCAGUAUGGUUCCGCUGAAUAUUCUAAAAAAUCAAGAUCUGAAGGUAAAAACAGAACAAGAAAAGAAAAUAUCUUUCAACUCUGUAGUGACUCCUAUCAGGGCAGAAGACUACCACGAAAAAACAUCCAGAUCUUCAAGUUCAAGCCAUUCUGAUUCACCAGAAUUUUUGAGAAUUAGCAACAACAAGUCCAAUCACAAAAAUGGAAAAUUGAAAGUUUUCGAAAGUAAAAAACUCGUUCCUUUAUUUAUCGGUGAUCUUGAUGAAACAGUUACAGAAGAAACUUUGAAAGAAAUAUUCAAAAAGUAUCCUUCUUUUGUCUCUUCCAAAGUUUGUCUUGAUUCGGUAACAAAAAAAUCACUAGGCCAUGGAUAUUUGAAUUUUGAGGAUAAAGAAGAGGCUGAAAAAGCUAUGGAAGAAUUAAACUACACCAAGGUUAAUGGCAAGGAAAUUAGGAUUAUGCCAUCACUGAGAAAUACAACAUUCAGGAAAAACUUUGGCACCAAUGUAUUUUUCUCGAAUUUGCCCUUAAAUAAUCCAUUGUUAACAACUAGAGUAUUCUAUGAUACGUUUUCAAGAUACGGUAAGAUUCUAUCAUGUAAACUAGACUCAAGGAAAGAUAUAGGAUUUGUAUAUUUUGAGGACGAGAAAACCGCAAGAAGUGUGAUAAAAAUGUACAAUAAUACCAAUUUUUUUGGUAAGAAAAUCUUAUGUGGAAUACAUUUUGAUAAAGAGGUAAGAAGCGUUCCAAAUUUUGAAACACAGAAGUCACGAUUAGAUGCGGAAACAAUCAUUGAAAAAGAGCAAGCUCUUAAUGAAAAACAAUUAAAGGGGAAUGAUAGACAAUCCAUGAGUACUCCCUCCUCAUCUCAAAAUUCAAUAUUUAUUAAAAACUUACCAACAAUAACUACAAGAGAUGAUAUUCUAAAUUUCUUUAGUGAAGUGGGUCCAAUCAAGUCAAUUUAUCUUUCUAAUGCCACUAAAGUUAAGUAUCUUUGGGCAUUUGUUACAUAUAAAAGUAAUGACGACUCUGAAAAGGCAAUCAAGCGCUACAAUAACUUUUAUUUCAGGGGUAGAAAGCUGUUAGUAACUAGAGCACAGGGCAAGGAAGAAAGAGCUAAAUAUAUAGAAUCUCAAAAAAUAUCUACACUUUUCCUGGAAAAUUUGAGUGCUGUUUGUAAUAAGGAAUUCCUUAAAUACUUGUGUCACCAAGAAAACAUUAGACCAUUCAAAAUCCAGAUUGAUAGAUACGAUGAAAAUUCUUCUACCUAUUCUGGUUACAUCAAAUUUAGAAAUUUCGAAGACGCUACCAGAAUAUUUAACUUUUUGAAUAGUCGUUUGGUAGGAGGAAGCAUUGUCAUGACAUCUUGGGAAAGGCAGAGUAAUUCGUCAAAAUAUCAAGAUGAUUAUGGAAUUUGCAACUCGCAUGCUCCAUCGCACCCACAAAUUACCCCAUAUUACCGCUAUUCACAUACGAAUAGUUUAAACUCUUCGCAGGUAAGAGUUCCUUCAUCGAUGAGUAGCAAUACAAAAUCACUAAUAAGAAAUAAAAACUUCAAUAAAAAAGUUUUGGAAACGUUCGAAAAACAAGUAAGAAGAGGGAUAGACUUCAUGAGAUUUCCAAGUGCUACUAGAGAAGAAAAUGUACACGGAAUAGCUGAGUAUAUAUUUGACACUUAUUGGAAUCGCGAUGUACUAGUCUUGGAUAAAUUUCUAUCAUUGUUAAAUAGUAGCCCUUAUCACGAAGGUGUAUUCCAAAAACAAAUUGAAGAGGCUGCAAACUCAUUAGGAUUCAAAAGGUGA